AUGGCUGGAGCAGCAGAAAAAAAGCAAGCUAAGUACAACGUGGAAACGUUGAAGCAGAUACACAUCAUUUCCGCUGUUGUGAAUUUAUUUAGUCUUGUAUGUCUUUUUGUUUUCCACAGACCCAACAGCAAAAAGCCAUAUUUCAUCUUCAGUAUUCCUGGAUGGUUUUGUGAAUUUGUUAUUGAGAAAAUUGGUCGGCCGAAAUACAAGAAAGAUGAUGUUAGAGGUUUCCAAAUGCUCGUUAAUGCUGGUGAGGACCUUCGGCAACAGGGUCUGACUGAAUAUAUUUUCGAUGUUUUCUAUCUCACGGAGGCUUGUGAUAUCUUCAUGUGUUUGUUUGGAUCUAACAUGUCAUACUUGAUACUUCUUCUUAUACCAAUAUAUGCUGUCUAUAAGUUGGCUAGUUUAUGGCUGCGUUUCAGAUCAAGAAGUGCUGGUAAUCCCACAUUUGAGCAGGAAGAUAACCGUCAGGCCCAACCAAAGAGCAAGCGACAGAAGAAGCUCGAAGCUAGGCAAAAUAGAAUUCGUUACGCAAGAUCAUGA